AUGGAGUGCGCUGGAAAGGGAAGCCGUACGCCGUGCUGCGGCCCUCCCACCAGACGCUGCCACCGUUGCCAAGCCGUCGCCUACUGCUCUCUCGCUCACCAGCUGGCAGUUUUUGGAGAACUCCAAGCUCUUUUUCCUGGAGUAAAAGUCCACAUAGACCUUGUUGGACCUGCUAUUCCACAAAUCAGGGAUGGUGAAAGAAUUGAUCUGAAUUCCUACAUUCAGUGUAAUGAGAUGGACUGUGGGUGUAAACAUCCUGUUGAAUAUCAGAAAGAGAGGAUAAUAACAAGUUGCUGUUCAUACGCAGUUAAACUACAGCUUCAUGCAGGUUGUUAUCACGACUGUUACGGUGAAUUACUGAAGGAUUCUUUGCCUCAUAUUAUCUUGGCCCCUAAUGCUGGUAUUGCUGCAUACACUAGCUGGGUACCGACUCUUGAAGUAAUAAAGCAGAUGCAUGUUCCUUUAGUUUUAUCUGAUUACUGUGAGGAAGCAUCUCAUCUGGCUGCUUCUUGUAUUAGCUCAACCACAGGCACUGCUCUGAAGAUUCAGAUUCAGAUAAACCCAUUCAGGCAGCCUUUUCGAGUUGAAGAAAGUGCUUUAUGUCUUCCAUGCUAUUCUAAUUGCUUUGUUUUUGGGUUUUGA